GCCGAGAUUUGCCGAAUCAUCUGUCCUGCCCGGACUGGUGGAAGCGGCCGCAACGCCAUGUUGGCGAAGUCUCUCAUCUCUGUGAGAAAAAAAUGAUAGAAAACAUACGUACGGAGAAGAAAAGGUAGAUCGCCGAAGGAGGUUGAAGAUCGCGGCGAAUAUUUAUUUUUGAAAGAAACGGAACCGACCCGGAUCCGCAGAGGUUCCGGACGGACGAGGGAGGCUAAACCUCCCACCGUCCCCAUGAAUAGCACCGCUGAUCUGAACAGCGACUUUCCAUGAAAAAAAGACGUUUGUGUUGCUAUUCGAGCUUCGUUAUCCCAGUUCGUUAAAGGGAUUUGGGGCCUGCUUCAAGAAUCUGCUACGCUUGCUCAAUGUAUGCAAGCUAGGCGUUGUUUGUAUCAGUAUUUAUUAGGGUAUUGUUUUUAUUUGUUUUUUUGCGAUGAGUUUGCCACCGAAAGUGGUCCCCAAAACCGCCGCUGUCGCAGUUAGCGGACCUGGAAGUGGCCCCUCUCCGUCGAGCCAACUGCGGACUACCCUGACCUCCGUGUCUCUGCCGCCGGGAGCCCCAAAUGCUCCUCCGCCCGGCGCUGUACCGCCGCCUCAAAUCCCGCGGGUUCAGCCGUCACUGGACGACCGAAUCUUCCCCACACAGCCUGGGGUCGCUGCAGUCUACAGCGUGAGUCAGCUCUCGCAGCCCUUCUCUCAGACAUAUCAACCGAGUGCCACAGACAUUGCUGUUUUUUUGAGGCAGAGCGCCCAACUGAAGUUCAGUGCAGGAGAAACGCACCAGUUUCCUCCUAAGAACAUUGUAACCUUUAUGAAGGUACCCAGGCAUGCUGGCCCUCCUUACUCUGCUCAUGACAUCACCAAGGGACACCCUAACUUGGCGGGAACCCCGCCCGGUCAUGCCCACUCCCCGGCGCUCACUCAGGUAUCCCUACCCACAGCUUCCCAAUAUCGCUACCCUAAGGGCUGGGAGACAGGCGUAGGGUCUCCAUACAACCCUGGACAAAAUGCUGGUUCCGCCCCUCUAGUGUAUUCUCCCCAGACACAGCCAAUGAAUGCACAGCCACAAAGUCGCCCGGUGAGUGUCCCUCUGGUCUUUGAUUUACAGCACGCCUGCCUCCCAAGCACCCUAAAGUUUGCUACGGGCCCUCGACCAACCCACCAUCAGUUUUUCCAGAGGACUCAGAUGCAGACUGCAAGGCCCACCAUCCCUACAAACGCACCCUCCAUACGGCCGGGCUCACAGACUCCCACGGCGGCUGUCUACCCCACUAACCAACCAAUAAUGAUGACCAUGGCACCCAUGCCGUUCCCUUCCCCACAGGCUGCACAGUACUACAUCCCACAGUAUCGCCACAGUACGCCCUACGUGGGACCUCCUCAGCAGUAUUCAGUACAGCCUCCGGGGUCCGGCACCUUCUAUCCUGGUCCAGGGCCUGGGGAGUACCCUUCCCCAUAUCAUCCCCUCAGGUACCACCCGCCUGUCUCCCCCUCUGUUCCUGCUCCCGUCCCCACAGCUGGUCCACCCUACUACCCAGGACAGUCUGUGUAUCCGCCCUCACCCCCCAUCAUAGUGCCUACACCACAGCAACCUCCACCAGCCAAGCGUGAGAAGAAAACAUCCUCCCAGAUCCGUAUCCGUGACCCCAAUCAGGGCGGCAGGGAUAUCACAGAGGAGAUCAUGGCAGGGGGUUCAGGGAGCAGGAAUUCAACGCCUCCUGUCGGCCGCCCUUCCUCUACCCCGACGCCCCCACAGCAGCAGCUGAGCAGCAGCCAGACUCCAGAGCCGCAGCAACAGUCGCAGCCUCCUCAGCCACAGCAGGCCCAUCCUGGAGGCUACACGUUAGAGCCCCAGCAGCCACCGCAGCCACCGCAGCCACAGCAGCCACAGCAGCCGUCGACCACUGGGGCGUCAGACACCAAACCAGGCCCAGAUGAUAUGCCAAAACUGGAGCCAGUGGUCCAGAAGUCUUCCUCACCUGGGCUUGUGCAGCCUGAAGCCCCUGUAGAGAGACUUGAGGCCAAAGCUCCUGUAACUGAACCCUCUUCUACUGUUGAACCAGAGCUUCCCUCCCCUGCCUUGAUGACCGCCCCCGCCACUCUCCCUCUCUCAGUGGCCACCAACAGCGAACGUCCCUCAGCCAGGGAGUCCACUGCUUCAGCCUCUUCUCCUUCCUCCACAGUCGGGGAGCACAAGCCGUCUUUGGCGCCACCUCAGACUCCCAACACAGACAAGCCUCUCUCAGACGCUCCGCGGACUCCGGCUGCCUCGCCAGCACCGGAUCCCAAGGCUUUGAACGGCCUUGCAGACUCUGGGACUGAGCUGGACACGCCGGCUCCUGAGCCUUCUCUUCUGUCUUCAGCUGCACUCCAGCCCCAGGCCUCUGCUCCUGCUUGCAGAGAGGCCUCUUCCUCUGACACUUUGCCCUCUGACGUGAGGCCAGAGUUGCCCGUUGCUGCUGCUGCUGCUGCUGCUGCUGCUGUUGCUGCUGUGCUCGCCCCUGUGGCCCCUGUGGCCCCUGUGGCUGUGGUGCCAGUCACCCUGACCUCAAGCCCCGCCCCAGCUUUGCCAGUUUCGCCGCCGCCUGGCCUUCCGCCUCUCGUGCAGGCCACAACAGAGGCUGACGAGCCAAGCAAGUCCUUAGACCUCGUCCCUAGAGUAGGGGCAGAGGAACUUGGAGGCAUUACUGACAGCAAAACAGAGUCCCAGCAACAAGCACUCACCAGGAAGAGUCCCACUACAGUAAAUCAGAGCGCUUCUGCUAUACCAAAGACCUGGAGGAAACCAAAUGAAGGGAUCUCUGCUGGAGACGAACCUCAAAAGGACGACGAGGACGAGCCCGGGCCAGUGGAUCAGCCUGCUGGAGAGCAGGCCCUGCAGUCAGCUCCUCUGUGCAGCAGCCUGGUACCUCUACCAGCAGUCCUCACCUCCACCCCCGCUCCAGCUCCAGCUCCUGCCAGCAGCCCAGAGGCUGAAGGAAAGCCCGCCACACCAGAGGAGAACGGUGAGGCCGAGCUGGAGCCCAUGGGGAACGGGGCAGGUCACACUUCAGAGACGGAGAGCAGCGACGGAGGAGCCACUCCCGCAGACAAGGAGAACUCCACAGGGGCCCCACAGGAGAUGGAAGACCUGGCCGAGGCUAGUGGGAAGCGUCAGUAUAACAGGGACUUCCUGUUGGGCUUCCAGUUCAUGCCUGCCUGCGUACAGAAGCCUGAGGGUCUCCCACCCAUCAGUGAUGUGGUGCUGGACAAGAUUAACCAAAACAAGUUGCCAUCUCGAGUGGUGGAAUCCAGGGUGAUUUCCAGAGGACCUGAUUUCACACCUGCCUUUGCAGACUUUGGCAGGCAGCAGAUGAGCGGAGGACGAGGCGCUGCAAUCAUGAACAUUGGGGCUCGGCGUCCUCCUCCCAGGAAGAUCAUCAUGAACGUGUCGGUUAAUGAGAUUCAGCUGAAAAAAUCAGAGAACGCAUGGAAACCUGGCAUGAAAAGGCCGGAGGUCGUAGCAGAUGAUCCUAUUGUGCAAGACACACAGGAGCUCUUCAAGAAGGUCCGCAGCAUCCUGAACAAGCUGACUCCUCAGAAGUUCAACCAGCUGAUGAAGCAGGUGACGGACCUGACCAUCGACACAGAAGAGCGGCUCAAAGGGGUCAUCGACCUGGUCUUUGAGAAGGCCCUCGACGAGCCCAGCUUCUCUGUGGCCUACGGAAACAUGUGCCGCUGCCUCGCCACGCUCAAGGUGACCAUGACAGACAAACCCAACACCACCGUGAACUUUCGCAAGCUGUUGCUAAACCGCUGCCAGAAGGAGUUUGAGAAGGACAAGGUGGACGACGUGGUGUUCGAGAGGAAGCAGAAAGAGCUGGACUCUGCUGCAUCGACGACAGAGCGUGAGCGGCUUCAGGAAGAGCUGAAGGAAGCCAAGGAAAAGGCCCGGCGGCGUUCCAUGGGCAACAUCCGGUUCAUCGGCGAGCUCUUCAAGCUCAAGAUGUUGACGGAGGCCAUCAUGCACGACUGUGUUGUCAAGCUGCUGAAGAACCACGACGAGGAGUCGUUGGAGUGCCUCUGCAGGCUGCUCACCACCAUCGGCAAGGACCUCGACUUUGAAAAGGCCAAGCCUCGGAUGGAUCAGUAUUUCAACCAGAUGGAAAAAAUCGUCAAGGAGAGGAAGACGUCAUCUCGGAUACGGUUUAUGUUACAAGACAUUAUAGACCUGAGAUUGCACAACUGGGUGUCCCGGAGAGCCGACCAGGGCCCGAAAACCAUCGAGCAGAUCCACAAGGAGGCGAAGAUUGAAGAGCAGGAGGAGCAGAGAAAAGUGCAACAGCAACUGCUCUCCAAGGACAGCAAGAGACGGCCAGAUCCGAGAGAUCAGAGAGAUCAGCGCGAUCAGCGAGAGCAGCGAGAGCAGCGCGUGCAGAGGGAAGAGACCUGGAACACUGUGCCCAUGACGAAGAACAGCAGGACCAUCGACCCCACCAAGAUCCCAAAGAUCUCCAAGCCUCAAAUGGAUGAGAAGAUCCAGCUGGGCCCCCGGGCUCAAGUCACGUGGGUGAAGGGCAGCAGUGGAGGAGCCAAGGCCAGUGACUCAGAGCUGUCACGGACAGCUGGCCUCAAUCGUUACUCUGCGCUGCAGUCUACCCCCCAACCCUCCACCACUCCUCCACAGAACCCAGACUUUGACUCCAGGAGAACUCUGGGAAGUCGUAGCAGCGGCGUUAGAGAACGCAGUGAGAAGCCACUGAGCUCUGCGGCUCCGUCGUCCCGGCCCGGACCGUUCACCCGGGGAGGCAGUUCCAAGGAGCUGUUGGAGAGUCCAACCCCAGAGGAGCCGCGGAAGGACCGGGAGCAAGAGGGAGACGAGCCCUGGAGACAGAGUGUCUCGGAGGACAAGGCGGAGCCGGAGCGCAGCAGAGUCAGGGAGCCUGUGAAACCUGAGCCGGCGGUCCAGACCCCCGACAAACCUGCUCUGUCUGAGGAGGAGAUGGAGAGGAAGUCCAAGUCCAUCAUCGACGAGUUCCUGCACUUAAAUGACUACAAGGAGGCCGUUCAGUGCGUGAACGAGCUCGACUUGGGCUCUCAGCUGCACACCUUCGUGUGUGUCGGGGUGGAGUCGACCCUGGAGCGCAGUCAGAUAACACGGGACCACAUGGGCCAGCUCCUCUUCCUGCUGGUGCAGCAGGACAUCCUGCCCAAACCCCUGUUCUUCAAAGGGUUUGCAGACAUCCUGGAGCAAGCGGAUGACAUGUCCAUCGACAUUCCCCACAUCUGGCUGUACCUGGCCGAGCUGCUCAGCCCCGUGCUGAAGGAAGGGGGCUUCUCUAUGAGAGACCUCUUUAGUGAAUUAAGCAAACCUUUGCUUCCUGUGGGAAGAGCUGGGAUCUUAAUUUCUGAAAUGCUGCACAUACUAUGCAAACAAAUGAGCCAUAGGACUGUGUGUUCUUUGUGGAGGGACUCUGGCCUCAACUGGACCGACUUCCUGCCGGAGGGAGAGGACGUCCAGGCUUUCAUCUCUCAACAGAAACUCCAGUUCAUCCUGUCGGACGGCUCCGGUCCUGAGGCGGCUCUGUCCAAAAAGAUCCUGUCUCCUGAGGAGCUGAGCCAGCAGCUGGAGAGACUCCUCCUGGAGGACAUGGCCAGCGAUGAGCAGAUCUUUGACUGGGUAGAGGCAAACUUAGAUGAUUCUCAGAUGAGCUCGUCUCCCUUCCUGAGGGCGUUGAUGACAGCUGUGUGUAAGGCAGCAGUGAAAGAUGAUAACACCAACUGUCGAGUGGACACGGCCAUCAUCCAGAGGAGAUUGCCUGUAUUACUCAAGUACCUUAACUCAGACACUGAGCGACAGCUGCAAGCACUUUAUGCACUUCAGAUGCUGAUCGUCGCCCUCGAUCAGCCUCCAAACCUUCUCCGGAUGUUCUUUGACGUUCUGUAUGAUGAGGACGUCAUCUCGGAGGAUGCUUUCUACAACUGGGAGACGAGCAAAGACCCUGCCGAGCAGCAGGGUAAGGGUGUGGCCCUCAAGUCUGUCACGGCUUUCUUCACCUGGCUGCGGGAAGCGGAGGAGGAGUCGGAAGAUAAUUGACGAGGGAGACACCCGGGGGGGGGGGGGGCACGACGUAGAAGAACUGCAUACUUACAGCAGAACAAACAUUCAAAAUGGGUGUAUGGGCAGGACGACAUGUUUUACGGCUGCAGUUUUACGGACGACAUGUUUUACGGCUGCGGUACGGUUCUGAAACAUGCCGCCAUUUUGAGUUUGGAUUCCAACGGCGGAAGCACUAAAUACCUGUAUUAUACAUAGAAAAUAUUUUUGUUUUAAAUUUUAACUUACUUUUGUUUUGUUACUUUUUAAGAAGAGACUUAAAAGAUACAUAGGUUGUGGACUCUUUAAUUUAUUAUUUUUUUAAGGACUGCAAAUAUGGAAGUUAUUUAACAUUUGCAGACGCUCACAAAUGAGAACAACAACAGAAAUAACAAUAUAAUUAAUUAUAAUAACAAAAUAAUAAUUGUGAAAUAAAUGGCCUCCCUGGAUUCCACACUGUUUGGUUUAAAACAGGGUAAAACAAAAUUCAUUUUGGGAUGAAGGGGAAGCGGAGAUAAAAAAAAAAGGAGUGGAUGCACAGAAACUAUUAACGUUGUCCGUGUAUGACGUUUUGAGGUCAAAGGUUAUCUCCUAAUAACCAGAAAGUGUUUCCCUCAGCCUUGGCUUGCUCUACGUUGAUAUGUACAUACGCCUCAUGAGAGGUAGACUUAUGCAUUCGAGAAGCGAUGCAAGUCUGUCCACAGAACUGUCGGAACAAACUCAGACGAACAAACCAGAUACAUUCAAAUGAAACGAGCAAAAAAAAUGCAACAUUAAAAAGCAAAUGGCCAGGUCCGCUGAACGUGAAAUGCUUGUAAUACUUCACCCUACAGAGCAGAUUAAAACUUGUAAAUACAUUAAAGACAAAAAAGGUAUUUAAAAAAACA